AUGUUUGUAGCGGCAUCACACCAUCAUUCCCGACACCAGAGUUAUUGGUCAUGGGAAAACAUCCAACCAUCCACCAACUUGUACACUAAACCCAAUGUCAUUCAAUGCACACCAACCAUUGGUAUCCCUGGCAACGACAUUUUACGACUCACCUUGUCACUGGAUGAUAUGGCCAUUCUUCCCUUACUUUCUAUUGCUUUUGGUUCAUGCGUUACCCCAACAACGAGCACCAUGAUUGAUGCAAUGACGAUCGAGUUAUCAGCCAUUGUACCUGAAAAAGAGCACAUUGAAGAUGCUGUCGAUCGAAUGCCGGUACCGGUGCGUGUGAUUAUUUGCAGUGCACGACAACAGCAGCAAGCUCAAGUCUUGGAUAAUUGGCUCGUAGCUACUAUGACAUAUUCGUGCGAUAUCCAAAAACAAUUGCGGACCGAAAACAACAAUGAUGGUGAUGAUCGGCAAGUCGGCGAUGACUACAAAGGAAAACAACCGGCUGUCGGACGAUACGAUACAUCAUCAGCCUCGUCACGAUGUUGCUUUUUCACUGUAUUGCCGACGACGAUGGAAGAAGAAAAGGCCAAGACGACUUGUGAAGAAGAUUCAUUCAACAUGAUUCUCUCGUCGCCACCAUUAUUAGCAUCAUCCACUAGUACCAAAGUGGCGGUUCAAUCGGCGAUGGAUCCGACCCGAUAUGACAAAGCCCGCAUCACAGUGGGAGCAGCUGAUUAUUCUUAUCCUUCCAACAACAAUAAUGAUCAUGACGACUCAGCUUGUUCUUUAACAACUACUACUCCUUCCAACAUGUCACAUCAGCAGCAACAAUCUUCACAAGACAAUAGCAAUAUGCAUCCUUACAUCAUCUCUCCUAUGCAAAUGCAGGCUGGACCUGCAGCCGAUACAGUAAGAUCGGUUUCAACACCUUGCAGUAGCAGCAGUAGCAGCAGCCCCAGCCAACAAGAGUUACAGCAAUUUAUGGAUACAUCAAUCAUGGUGGCAUUUUCGCGUUCGACGCCAUCACCAAGUACUACCACCACCACCCAACAACCUACCACACAAGAUAUAGAUGCAUACGCGUUUGUUCCCUACAAGGCGAAUCUCCAUGUGCGUGGUGAUCUCAAUACAAUGGUGCAGCAAUGGACACAAGAGGAAUGGCAACAGCAACGACGCUUGGUGCGUUUCUGGAGGCAGCAGACUACAGGACCUGAGGACAUUGAAUGUACAUUUGCACCCAUAUCCCAAAGCGAACAUCCAGAACAAGCUUCCAUGAUUGUGGUAUCAUGCAUUUAUUGGCAGGAGAUGGAUGAUUUCUUUAUUACAUCAGUCGAUUGCUUGUAUUUGCUCGAGUGCUUAUUGGCAGUGCGUUUCACAGUCGAGGAGAAAAAUCGGAUCAGACGCAACCUUGAAGAAUUCAAGCCAUUGACCGUGAGCCGAUCCAAAGUUGAAAGUGCACCCUUUUUUCGAUUGGUCAUGGGGUUUCCCAAUCCACGCCCAAGAAACAUUGAGAAGGAUGUGAAGGUAUUCCCAUGGAAAUCACUCGGCCAAGCUUUGAAAAAGAUCAUUGGAAGGUAUACGGCGAGCUAUAGUAGUACUGCCAGCGUCAAUUUUACAGCUCUCGCAUGCACCACUACAACAUCCACAGGCUCAAGCUCAUACCAUGAUCGGGUGCUGGUAGAGGCGGAUAAGGAUGAUGGCGGCGAUGAUGAUGAUACCUUGUCCAAUUCACAACAGUGA